GAAGAAAGAAGCAUUCGUUGAAAGAACACAUCCAUCCUACAAAUGAAGUGACUGCAAGAGGGACAGCAUAGAUUUUGUCUACUCCAUCAUACCCUUCUCAUUCUCAUUCCCGAAACCACAAUAACAAAAGUCUGCAAUAUUUUCUUGUACCACCAUGGCGAACAUGAACGCCUUGAUAACCAUUUUGCUUGCGGCGAUCAUAGGUAUCCUAACUGCACCCAGAUCUUCAACCACCUGUGUUUCUGCGAUGCCAGAGGUUCAACAUACAUACUUUCGCACAAAUAUUCGAAAUGCUGCCAAAGUAAGAGUGAACGAGAUCGACAUUGGCAAUGGCAAUGGCAAUGGCAAUGGCAAUGGCAAUGGCAAUGACAAUUACAACAACAACGGCUUUUCUACCCCCGACGCCGACCUUCGUGAGCAACAGCAAGAAAACGGAGAUGCCACUGAAGUUUUUUUAAAGAUGCUAGGUGGCAGCAUGCCAUCUCUUUCGCCUUCCCAACCACCCUCUGAAGCGCCUACUUUGAGCACAACAAAGCCAUCGCUGUUCCCAAGCUUUUCUCCAAGCAACGCACCCUCUCUAAACACAGAUUUUCCGAGUGCAUCGCCCUCUGAGAGUAUCGAAGGUCGGGAUGAUCCCUUGAGUUUUGUCCCUACCGAAAGCAAUGCUCCCUCGACUGUCCCUUCGACUGUUCCUUCGACGUCGCCUUCGACGUCGCCUUCAAUUGGCCCUUCAAGUAUCACUUCGAUGAUCCCAUCGAUCAGCGUCGAACCUUCCAGCAAGCCGUCAGAAAUUCCUACUUCCUCCACGGACAGGCCUUCUGCUUCUCCCUCGGUGAGCAUCCAACCCUCUGGCAUGCCAUCUCAGGCUCCUUCGCUUUCCCCGAGUCCUUCUUUAUCGCCAACAAAAGAKCCGUCUACGUCUCCAUCGGGUUCUCCAACCAAGUUGCAUUCCUUCGCGCCUUCGAAUCUUCCAAGUUUCUCGCCCUCGCUUGGACCUUCGAAUCUUCCAACCGACUCGCCCUCGUUUUUYCCUUCGAAGCUUCCAACCGAUUUUCCCUCAUUUGCCUCUUCGGAUUCUCCUACAGAAGAACCGUCAGUGCUCCCUACCCCGGCCCCCAGUCUGUYGCCGACUGAUGCAUGCGGAUUAACCCCCAACGACCGAAGAGAUGGGAUCCGGGCCGCUCUCGUGGGAGCAACCAACGCGACAUUGGUAGACGACCCUUUUACUCCGCAAGGAAAAGCUAUGUUUUGGAUCAUCGCUGGAGACGAUCUCAAACUCUGCCCCGACGACCCAAAGAUUGUCCAGCGUUGGACUCUGGCUGUGAUGUAUUAUUCUACCAAUGGGGAUUCCUGGGACCAAUGUUUUGAUGGGGAUGAUUCAUGCGCGACAGAAAUGGACGAUGUUGGCAACUCUUUGGUGAACUUGUUGAGCCCUGUCGACGAGUGUGAGUGGUUCGGAAUUAGAUGCAUCACGCUUGAUGAUGGAAGGCGCUGCGUCGAGCGCAUAGUCUACGAGGAUAAUAAUUUAUCUGGGACUAUUCCGACCGAAUUGGGACUACUCGAAGAGCUCAAGGUUCUAGGAAUGGAACAAGGGACUACAGGCGGGAGAAUUCCAUCUGAGCUCGGUCGCCUGGACAACAUGAUAUUUAUCGAUCUCGACUUCAACGAACUAACUGGAGAGAUCCCUUCUGAGAUUUACCAGUUGACUGACCUUCAAACCCUAGACUUAAAUGUCAACUUCCUGAAUGGUACCUUGGACACCAGAAUUGGCAAUCUAAAGAGCCUUUACUUUUUUCAGCUACAGAACAAUUUGUUCUCAGGAACGAUUCCUACCGAAGCUGGAGGAUUGGUUGACUUGGAGACCUUCAACGUCCACAGGAACGACUUUUCGGGAGUCAUUCCUUCCGGUAUAUGCGACAUGCGUGAGGCAGACCCAGUAAAAUUUAAGUCCCUUAUAGCCGACUGCCAAUGCAAAGGAAGGUGGGGGAAAAAGAAUCCUGAAAAGGUGGAAUGUCCCUGUUGUUCUGGCUGUGGGUGCAAGAAUGAAAAGGAGGGUUGAUUGGUUGCGCUUGCAUUUUUAUCUUGUCACGCCUCGUGUGGUGUGUCCGCCAAUAGCUUUCCCAAGUCGAGAGUUUCGAUAUAUUUGUGCUCCUAGAAGUGAAGCAAACGACGAGAAGUUCAAUAUGAAUGAAUGAAUUCCCAUUAUGUAUUCAGGAACGAAGACAUGAAAGAUCUGUUAUACMAGCAUCAGUUGAACUCCAAACAGGAGGAGGCACACGCAUGAGGUGUACGUGGAGUAGUUAAUKAGAGCCAACAGUGUUUAUUCAGAAAACAGAUAGGGUUUCACUACCUCAAAUCAAGAGAAUAUAAAUCCAUGUAGCGACA